AUGAAAUCUCCCGAUUCUGGAGAAUUAAAAAUUGUAAGAAUGGAUAAAUACAGUGGACCGGCAACAGGAGACGAAGAAGUGUUUCUAUUGUGCGAAAAAGUUAAUAAAAAAGAGAUCAAAAUCCGAUUUUUUGAGACCGAUAACGAUGGACAUCAACUUUGGGAAAGCUUUGCUAAUUUUACUGAAGCGGAUGUUCACCAUCAGGUGGCGAUUGUGUUCCGGACGCCCCCUUAUAGAGACACUGAAAUCAAAUGUUCGGUUCAGACGAAAAUGUGCUCUUCAGGCAGACUCGACUCUUAUACCCGAUUUUUACACACGAUUCUUAGCAUUACAUGA